AUAUGAUACAUAUGCCUAUACAUAUAAAUACAUCUACGUAUGCCUACAUCUGUAUAUACCUAUACAUCUACCUAUACAUCUACCUAUACAUCUACCUAUACAUCUACCUGUACAUCAUCAUCUACCCAUACAUCAUCAUCUACCUACACAUCAUCAUCUACUUAUCAAUGAUUGGCCAAUAAGAAGGGUUCUUUUCGAGAGGGUAGUGCGAACGGCAAAACUCUACCCCGAAACCUGGUUGGCGCACCGCGGUCCUGUUUGCAGUCAAGCAAAGUCCAUUUGCAGUUAUCAAACUCGGUACCAUUUGCUUAUUGAACUGUUCGGUCUUUUAAUGGGUUCUUGAUUAAAUAAAUUCGGGAGGCAAUCUUCUUGUCUUCUUGUACGUUGAUGUAUAAUUGAUAUUUGAAGUGACGAUUGACGUCAUAAUUCUCUUCUGCGUUGUAUCUCAAAUACCUUCUUGCGAAGUAAUAUCAACAAAAC